GGGAGGUGAAUACAUUUUUUCCCAAGGUUUCUUUCUCAGCACAAAGAAAAUCUCACUGACUUGACAUGUUCUGGUAGUGAAUUCAAGCUGCAAGGGGUCAAUACUCUCAAAUUAGUCUCUGAGAAGAGCGAGGAGAGGGGCACUGCCUCUAAAAUGAGUCUCUCUGGGGAACAUGACACCAAAGCUAAGAGUCCAAUCAAGCAGGAGAGACCAGCCUCCCCUGUACCCAGCUGUGUGUCCAUGAAGAGUCAACCUAUAGAGUUGAGAGAAGUAGACUUUUCUACUGAACAAAGGGGUCAGUGCUCUAAAAUGUGUCUCUCUGGGGAGAGAGAGGAUGGGGUCUCUGCCUCUAAAAUGAGUCUCUCUGGGGAACAUGACACCAAACCUAAGUGUCCAAUCAGGCAGGAGAGACCAGCCUCCCCUGCACCCAGCUGUGUGUCAAUGAAGUCUAUGGUUCCUCCUAUAAUGUUUAGAGAGGGAGACUUUUCUACUGAACAAAGAAACCAACAGGAGAGAUCAGAGUCAGGGAUUCUCAGUGGUCAGUCUUCCCAGAGUCAUCAAACAGACCUGGCCUCCAUAUUCAUUUUGCUUGAAGAGAAUAUUAUGACAUUUGUGAAGAAUGAGCUGAAGAGGUUCAAGAGGAUUCUUGGUUCAGAACUCCCACAAGGCUUUGAGAGUCAGAAGCAGGAUGAGGAAGUGGUGGAUGCUGAAGAUGAGAAGCAGGAGAGCAGUGCCAGGAAGGAGGCUCUGAAGAUCACACUGCACAUCCUGAGGAAAAUGAACCAGAAGGAGCUUGCUGACACACUGGAGAAAAAUGAGCUUGCUGUGAUUUGCCAACGUGAACUCAAAUCUAAUCUAAAGAAGAAGUUUCAAUGUAUAUUUGAGGGGAUCGCUAAACAAGGAAACCCAACACUUCUCAAUAAGAUCUACACAGAGCUCUACAUCACAGAGGGUGGAAAAGGAGAGGUCAAUAAUGAACAUGAGCUGAGACAGAUUGAGACAACAACCAGGAAACAAGCAAGACCAGAGACUGCAAUCAAAUGUAACGACAUCUUCAAACCCUUAACUGGACAAGACAAACUUAUCAGAACUGUGCUGACAAAGGGAGUCGCUGGCAUUGGAAAAACAGUCUCUGUGCAGAAGUUCAUUCUGGACUGGGCUGAAGGAAAAGCAAAUCAGGAUGUCCAAUUUGUAUUUUCAUUCCCUUUUCGGGAGCUGAAUUUGAUGAAAGGGGAAAAACACACUUUGAUUGAACUUCUCAAUCACUUCUCAAUGGAAACCAAAGAAUCAAGAAUCUCCAACUACGACAAGUACAACGUUCUGUUCAUCUUUGAUGGUCUGGAUGAGUGCCGACUGCCCCUAGACUUCCAGAAGAACAAGAUCUGUUGUGACGUCACAGAGUCAACCUCAGUAGAUGUUCUGCUGACAAAUCUAAUCGAGGGAAUUCUGCUUCCCUCUUCUCUCCUCUGGAUAACUACCCGACCUGCAGCAGCCAAUAAAAUCCCUUCAGGGUGUGUUGACCAGGUGACAGAGGUACGAGGGUUCAAUGACCCACAGAAGGAGGAGUACUUUAGGAAGAGAUUCAGUGAUGAGGACUUGGCCAGCAGAAUCAUCUCACACAUAAAGACAUCAAGGAGCCUCCACAUCAUGUGCCACAUUCCAGUCUUCUGUUGGAUUUCUGCAAUAGUCCUUGAACACAUGCUGAAACACAAGAGAGAAGAGAUGCCCAAGACUCUAACAGAGAUGUACACACACCUUGUGGUGUUUCAUACCAAACAGAAGAAUGAAAAGUAUCUUGGGAAAGAAGAGACAGGUCCACACUGGAAUAAAGAGAGCAUUGUGUCACUGGGAAAACUGGCUUUUCAACAGCUGGUGAAUGGCAAUUUGAUUUUCUAUGAAGAAGACCUGAAAGAGGCUGGCAUUGAUGUCAAUGAAGCCUCAGUAUACUCAGGAUUGUGCACACAGAUCUUUAAAGAGGAAUGUGGGCUGUACCAGGACAAGGUGUACUGCUUCGUACAUCUGAGCAUUCAGGAGUUUCUGGCUGCUUUAUAUGUGUUCCUCUCAUUCAUCAACAACAAUGAGAAUACAAUGGCCGAACCGCAAUCAAAGUACAGGAACUUUACUGCGCUGUUCAGAGACAAGCCUGAAGUUACUUUCUACAAGAGUGCUGUGGAUAAAGCCUUACAAAGUGAGACGGGAAACCUGGACCUUUUCCUCCGCUUCCUUCUGGGCCUCUCACUGGAGUCCAAUCAGAAGCACUUACGAGGUCUACUGACAAAGACAAGAAGCAGCUCACAGAGCCAUGAAGAAACAGUCAAGUCCAUCAAGAAUAAGAUCAGGGAGAAUCCCUCUCCAGAGAGGUGCAUCAAUCUGUUCCACUGUCUGAAUGAACUGAAUGACCAUUCUCUAGUGGAGGAGAUCCAAAGCUACCUGAGCUCAGGAAGUCUUUCAGAAGCCAAACUGUCACCUGCACAGUGGUCAGCUCUGGUCUUUGUGUUGCUGACUUCAGAAAAGGAGCUAGAUGUGUUUGACCUGAAGAAAUAUUCCAGAUCAGAGGAAGGUCUUCUGAGGCUGCUGCCAGUGGUCAAAGGCUCCAGAGCUGCUCUGCUGUCAGGCUGUGGAGUCAAAGAGAAAGGCUGUGCUUCUCUGGUCUCAGUUCUCAGCUCAAACCCCUCACACCUGAGAGAGCUGGAUCUGAGUAACAAUGACCUGAAGGAUUCAGGAGUGAAGCUUCUCUCUGCUGGACUGGGGAAUCCCAACUGUAAACUCACACUGGACCCAAACACAGUACACAAACACCUCUCUCUGUCUGAGGAGAACAGAAAGGUGACAUGGAGGUUAGAGAAGCAGCAGUAUCCUGAUCACCCAGAGAGAUUUGACUACUGGAGCCAGGUGCUGUGUAGAGAGGGUCUGACUGGGCGCUGUUACUGGGAGGUAGAGUGGAGUGGGAGAGAGGCUAAUAUUGGAGUGACAUAUAAAGGAAUCAACAGGAGAGGAAGGGUUAAGGACUGCGGGCUUGGAUCCAAUGACAAGUCCUGGAGUCUGUUCUGCUCUGACAACAGUUACUCUACCUGUCACAAUAAUAAUACCACUACCAUAGACGACCCCUCCUCCAGCUCCCACAGAGUAGGAGUGUAUCUGGACUGGCCAGCCGGUACUCUGUCCUUCUACAGAGUCUCCUCUGACACACUGACCCACCUGCACACAUUCCACACCACAUUCACUGAGCCCCUCUAUCCAGGGUUUAAUGUUUGGGAUGACUCUUCAGUGUCCCUGUGUCAGGUGGUCCCUGUGUCAAACACUACAUGAUGUUUCACUCUAAUCAUGUGUUUUAUGUUUGAAAUAUGACACUUACAUACAUAGAGUAACACACACACACCAGUUUGGUCCAGUUUAUUCCUGUAAAUAAUAACCAUGGUAACUCUG